ACCAUAAAAUCAGAUCGAUUCAAAGUAUCAAAACCUCUCUCUAUUCUACAUGGAUGUUCCAAAAGUGUUAAGAUUUUGGCUAAUCUAUGUAGUGUUGCUCUUUGAUAGCCAAAGACACUCAGUCUAUGCGCAGGCUGGUGGUGUCAUCGGUGGCGCAGGGAUUUUGGUUCAGAGAGCUGCAUUCUGCUUCAACAAUAACCUCCUCUAUAGAGGGUGUAAUGAGGCAUUCAGACUAAACCAAGGAGGUGAAUUCAAGGUCCCACUCGAAGACACAGACAGGUUCUGCAAUGGCCCUUGUGCAGCUGAGACAGAACUUGUACUUAAAUGCAUUAACAGCGUCAUGUCUGAUUUCGUGUUUUACAAUCGGGCUACACCGAGAGAUAUCAGGAACGCCCUUCGUGGUGGCUGCAGCAACUCCUUCACACGAGGAAACUUCAACGUUGGAGAUUAUACUCAAGGACUAUUCUUUGACAAGGCCGAUAACAAGCUGCCAGGUUUUUUCAUUGGACUAGUUCUUGGUUUGGCACCGUUUAUCCUGUGAAUCCUACUUUUGUCAAUCUAUGAGUAUAGAAGAUUAUAUCCUAUCAUUGUUUAUUGCUCUGAAACGAAGAUUUCUCUUUUUUCUUUCACGGGAAGCUUUUGUGACACGGUUUCAAUUCUACAUAAGAACUAC